AUGUCGGGUCCUGGCCAGAAUACCGUCGAUAUCGACGCUCUCCUCGAUCUUACCGAGUACGAUAACUUCCAAUCUCCUGCUACUUCAGUAUCACCAUCAGGAACAUCAAAGGCUACCUUCGCGAGCCCUAUCUCAGCCGCUGUCGCUGCUCCCGCCACCACAACUGCCCAGAGCUUGAGCGGCCCCAGUCACAACUAUGACAUGUACCGACAACAGACUGGCUUUGUGCCCGGUGCCAUCGCCAACACAAUGGCCGUUAACCAGACAAACAACACUGGUUACCAAGACUUCCGCAACAUCGACUACCUAACCACCUUCAGCCCCGAGGCUGAUCUGUUUGAUUUCAACACAUCUCCUUCGCAGGCUACUUUGGGUGCUUCGGAUAUGGAUAUGGAUUUCGAGUCGCAGACCGAGACGCAACAGUUUUUCACUGUCGACCCUAGCAGCAUCGAGCAAGAGAACGCUGGCCUUCCCUCACCACCCGUUUUGCCCACACAGAACAACGGCCGUCUCUGGCCUGGUGCUCACUCCCAAGCCGCUCUUGCCAAGGCUCAGCAACAACAGCGACAGCAGCAGCAGAUCAUUCAGCAGCAACAACAAGCUCAGCGCCAGGCAUCGCAGCCCAAGUCUCGUGGCAAGGCCCCUCAGCCUACCGACCCCAUUGUUGAGCAGAAGAUUACUCAGCUCCUGAACUCUAUGCGAGCCAAGCCCUCAAUGCCUGAAAGUCAGGCUACCAGCCCCAUGGCCAACCUUCCCCGAUCCAAGAAGGACGAAGAGGAGAUGGAUGAGGAUGAGCGCCUCUUGGCUAGCGAGGAGGGCAAGAAGCUCAGCAGCAAGGAGCGACGACAGCUUCGCAACAAGGUCUCCGCUCGUGCUUUCCGUUCCCGCAGAAAGGAAUACAUCACUCAGCUUGAGACUGAGAUUGCCAACAAGGUCAGCGAGAACGGUGACCUCCGCGCUCAGAACCGUGCUCUCGUGGACGAGAACAAGCGUCUGACUGACCUCACCCGCAUGCUCCUGUCUUCGCCUUCUUUCUCCAACUUCUUGGACAACCUCAGCAGCAACCCUACCGCUGUUCAGCAGACUCCUCAGCUCAAGGUCGAGCCUCAACCUGAGCAGCGACAGGUACCCAAGGACAUCAACCCCUAUAACGCUCAGCAGUCUUCUCAGCACCAGAUUGGCAUGGCUAUGAUCCCUGAGCAGAACAUGGACUUCUCCAUGCUCACUCUUGAUGGCUCUUUCAACUUCCAGCCUCAGGUCUUUGUUGUCGAUACUCCUGAGCUUCCUGAUGCUAUUGACGCUUCUGUUCUCUCUGGCAAGACCUCCAACUUUGCUGAGCCCAUCUUCGACUCCGAGGAGGAGAAGCUUGAGGUGCCCGCCAUUGAGCGCCCUGUCGAGAAGCCCGAGGUUUCUGAGCCCAUUGACGCCGCCCCUGUUGAUCUUGAAUUUGAGUCUGAUCCUGAAUUCGCACUGUUCCAUACUGAGACCGCUACCACCACCACUGAGCAACCCAAGGAGUUUGAUACUGAGGGUCUAUCGCACGUUGACAUCUUUGGCGGCGUUGAGUCCGAAAAGGUCCUUGCCCGUCUCGAACUUGUCGAUGCCGGUGAGGAAGAAUGUAUCGCUGCUUUGGCCAUGGCUCGCGUGCAACGUAUCAGCGCCAGCUGUGACGCUGUUACAUCGAGGUUAGAACUUCUUACCAUGGACCUGUAG